CUCAACAAAAAAAGAUUAUUCGACUGUAACCAACGUCUGCUGGGCAACUGACUGAUGAACAAGUAGCGGAACCACAGCGUGAGCGUAUUAAACUUUUACCGGACUGUGUUUAGCGGCGCACUCAAGUAGCUUCCAUGACCGGUAGCAUUUGACAACAAUACUAAGUUGAUGUUUGCUUCUCUGUCCACGAUGAUGUCACAUGGGUUCAAGAGCAGUAAGCAGGACUUCACCUUUGGACCAUGGAAGGUGACUGCUGCCAAAGAUCACAUCAUGAAAUCCAAAGACAUUGAGCGGUUAGCAGAGGAGAUGAGCAUGCCUUCCCUUCCAGAGAUGCUAUUUGGGGACAAUGCCUUGCGCAUCCAGCACACAGAUGGCUACGGCAUUGAAUUCAAUGCCAUUGACGCCCUUAAGAGAGUCAACAACAUGGAGGAUGCUGUCAAGGUGGCCUGUGCUCAGGAAUGGCAGGAGAGCAGAGUGGAUUCUGAACACUCCAAAGAGGUGGUGAGACCCUAUGACUGGACAUACACCACAGACUACAGAGGUACUCUGAUAGGAGAAGGUAUGCAGAUAAAGGUGACUAAGACAGCAGAACGUAUCGAUAUGGAGAAGUUGAAAGCUCGGGAACAAAUCAUGUUCUUUGAUGAGGUGCUGUUGUUUGAAGAUGAGCUGCAUGACCACGGAGUCUCAAUGAUCAGUGUCAAAAUUAGGGUGAUGCCCACCAGUUUCUUCUUGUUGCUGCGUUUCUUCUUACGAGUGGACGGAGUGCUGAUUAGAAUAAAUGACACACGGCUGUAUCAUGAGGCUGGAAAGAAGUACAUGCUACGAGAGUUCAGCACAAGGGAAAGCAAAAUAGCAGAACUUAAGAAUGUUCCUGCUGCACUGUACACUGAUCCAAAUGAGAUCGCUCAGCACUUAACCCUGAAGCUGACAGAGUGUGAGAAGCUGGAGCUUCCUGAGAUGCAGCCUCAGACAGCUGUUAAUGAAGUCCUUCAGUGACCAGUAUACGCCAUGUAGACCAGAUCCACAUAUACAUGUUGCAUGAUGAAAACUGGGUAUAACAGUCUUAAACCACAUUCUUAAUCUUACAGCAACAUAAACCCAGAUUUCCCCUACAAAUAUCUAUACAGGAUUAGUUUUUAUAUGUGACCACUAUGAUGUGUUCUUAAAACUGCAACCUGACUUUAGACAGAUCCAGUAUGUUCACAGUGCAGCUUGAUGCUCUGUAAUAUCUUAGAAACGUUAACCCCAGGUAAAUACUAUGGUCCAGUUUCUGGCUUUGUUCAUAUUAGAACUGCCUUUGUUUUAUGAUACAGUUUUCACUGUCAAGUCGACUGUAUUUUCUGAAGUCAAUGUGAUUAAGAAUUGCUGUAAAUAUGUCUACUGUAUUUUCUAUGGUGACUAACUGACGGUGAAAAUUUUGUUUCCAUUUGCAAGUCAAACACAUGUGAAUAUGUCUACCACAUGGCUAAAUAAAUUUGUGCA